AUGGCUAACAUUAUCCAUAUAAGCAAAAGAAGCAAGAUGGAAAUCACAUUUGGUAGUGUCGGCAACUUGCUCAAGCUCCUCCCGACCGGAACCGUCAUCGCCUUCGAGUCACUAAGCCCCGUCCUUUCCAACAAUGGAAACUGUCGUCCCCUCCAAAAAUACUUCAUUGUCGUCUUCAUUACCCUCUUCGGUCUCUUUUGUUUCAUCUCAACUUUCACCGACAGUUACAAAUUAAGCAAUGGUAAAAUCCAUUAUGUCUUUGCAACUUUCAAAGGAAUUUGGCCUUCUCCUCAAGAUAUUGCUAUAAAUUCAGCCAGUUACAAAAUCAAGUUUGUGGAUUUUUUUCACGCCUUUUUCUCGUUGACUGUUUUCGCUGUCUUGGCUCUCUUGGACUCGAAUACGGUAGGAUGUUUAUAUCCGAGCUUUCGGUCGAACCAGAAGAAGUUACUCAUGGCACUGCCUCCCGUCAUUGGAGCGUCUUCCGCAAUCAUUUUAGCUGUUUUAUUUCCUAAGAACCGACAAGGUAUAGGGUACCCUUCUAAUUCAAACAAGUUCUCCGAUAAUACCAACCACCUAGGGUAA